AUGCUCGCAACUUAUGACCCUGUGGCCGACAACAUGCGCUCUUGCACGGCAGCGCAGCUGGACUCGCCGGCCGCAGUCUACAAGGUCGCCCUCUUCCCCACGGAGGGGAGAGUUUCUGAGUGGACUCGAGAGCGUGUGGUGACGCAGCUGGACUCGCCGGCCGCCAUCUACAUACAAGGUCACUGUCUUCCCCGCCAAGGCCAAGGUGCUGCUCAGGUAGUUCACAUGCGAUCCCUGCACUGUCGCGCCCCUUCACACUGUGGAUUCGCUCCUUCGCUUCCCUCCCUCUUGCUCCCGUGCGCGCUGCAGGUCAUCCUGGCCAACUUCCUGCCCCUAUCAUUGCUGCUUUGUGUGUGUGCAGUGGUAAGUGACCCCCCGUCCGCUCUUACUCCUGCCCCCACUUCCCCUCCCCCUCCCCCUCCCCCUCCCCCUCCCCCUCCCCCUCCCCCUCCCCCUACCCCUCCCCCUCCCCCUCCCCCUACCCCUCCCCCUCCCCCCCCCCCCCCCCCCCCUAUCCACUCCCCCGUCCCCUUCCUCCCCUUCCCUCCCCCUCCCCCUCCAGGAGCUGGGCACGAAGAAGAGGCCAUUCGCGUGCAUCAGUGGAGUGUGCUGACGGUGCUAUGA